AUACACCACACCCCAAUCCACUGAUACUCCAAAAGAAGGGAAGCAUUUCUAAGAAGAGUAGUUGUAGAAAUCCUGAGAUAAAGAGAAGAGAAGAUGGUGGCAGGAAGUUUCAGUAUUGAAAUAGAGUCUCCAGUGGAGGCAAAAAGGCUGUGGAAUGCAGUUCUCGACACCCACAAUUUAUUGCCAAAGCAAGCACCAGGCCUCAUAUCGAGCAUCACACUUGUUCAAGGUGAUGGAGGAGUUGGUACCAUUCGGCAUGUUAAUUUCACUGCUGCCAACAAGGAUUUUAGCUCUGUAAAAGAGAAAGUGGACUUAAUUGAUGAGGCCAACAUGGUUUAUUGUUUCAGCCAUGUGGAAGGAGGGCUGCUGGGGAAAAAGGUUGCCUCGAUAAGUUACAAGGUUAAAUUCAUCCCCAAAGUAGGGGGUGGAUCCAUUACGACCUAUACCUGCGACUUUGAUAGCCUCCCUGGUGUUCCCCAUGAUGAAGCUAAAAUUGAGGAGAUCAAGGCCGACACCACUGGUCUGUUCAAGCAGGUGGAAGAAUAUCUGAUUGCCAAUCCUACUUUAUACUGCUAAAAUCAUCAGGAUCCCGCUCUUUCUCAAUGGCAGCAGCGUCACUUGCUCAAUAAAAACGUAUGUGUAUGUCAUAGUGAUAUUAAAAUUACUAGAUUUCCCCUCUUUCUCAGUGGCAUCCUCCCAAUUACUUAUGUGUGUAACUGUUGUAAUAAUGAGCCAAAGAGUGACGCUUUCUAGGUACUAGUUUUGGUGUGUAAUUUUGAAAUAUAAAUAUAUGGCUUGUUUUAUGGAUUUUAUAGAA